CAUGAUGGGAGCAAAAUGCAAAAAGCUUCGCAGUCUGGAUUUGUGGAGAUGUAAAAACAUAACUGAAAGUGGAAUAGCAGAAUUGGCUUCAGGCUGCCAGCUUUUGGAAGAACUUGAUCUUGGCUGGUGCCCUACGUUACAGAGCAGUACAGGCUGUUUCACAAACCUUGCACGUAAACUCCCGAACUUGCAAAAGCUCUUUCUGACGGCCAACAGGUCUGUGUGUGACACAGACAUUGAGGAGCUUGCUGCUAACUGUACGCAUUUACGGCAGCUGGAUAUAUUGGGGACGAGGAUGGUAAGCCCUGCAUCUUUAAGAAAAUUGCUGGAAUCUUGUAAAGAUCUUUCUUUACUCGAUGUGUCCUUCUGUUCACAGAUUGAUAAUAGAGUUGUCCUAGAACUGAAUGCCAACUUUCCUAAUGUGUUCAUAAAAAAGAGUUUCACCCAGUGACUCACUGCAUAUGCUGCUGGGGAAUUCAUUUGACAGAGUUGUUUUCCUGUGAAUUUGUGCUGACUUUUUUAAGAAUAUAAAUCCCUUAUGAAAUAGUGGAAAGUAUUAAUUAUCUACACAAAUGGGUGAAAUACAUUUAAAUAUAUUAUG